AUGGGAUCAACCGAAUCUUACAAGUUCGAGGGCUGGAUGGGUCUUAGCCCCGAGGCCGCUCAGGGCAAGAUGGUCUGGCAGGAGUUCGAGCCUAAGCCGUGGGAGGAGACCGAUGUCGACAUCAAGGUCACUCACUGCGGUAUCUGUGGCUCUGACAUGCACACUCUGCGCAGUGGAUGGGGCCCCACCGAAUACCCCUGCUGUGUCGGACACGAGAUCGUCGGUACUGCCGUGCGCGUUGGCUCCCAAGCUGUUGGCGAUAUCAAGAUUGGAGACCGUGUCGGUGUCGGUGCGCAGAGCGGUGCCUGUCUGAACAAGGACGGUGACUGUGACGCGUGUGCUCGCAACCUCCAGCAGCACUGCAACCGCAUGGUCGGCACCUAUAACGGCACCUAUGCCAACGGCGGCAAGUCGUAUGGUGGAUACUCGCUAUCCCUGACGCCAUUCCCUCCGCCGAGGCUGCUCCUAUGCUCUGUGGUGGUAUCACCACCUACUCUCCCCCUGAAGCAGCACGGCUGUGGACCCGGCAAGACCGUUGGUAUCAUCGGUGUCGGUGGCCUCGGUCACUUUGGUAUUCUCUUCGCCAAGGCACUUGGUGCUGACCGCGUCGUCGCCAUCUCCCGCAAGAGCGACAAGAAGGAGGAUGCGAUGAAGCUCGGUGCGGAUGAGUACAUCGCGACUGGUGAGGACAAGGACUGGGCUACCAAGCACGCCCAGUCUCUCGAUCUGAUCAUCUCCACUGUGUCUUCGUCGAAGAUGCCCAUUGUUCAAUACAGCCAGCUCCUUAAGUUCCGUGGAACUCUCGUCCAGCUCGGUGCCCCCGAGGAUGGUGCUCUGGAGAUCCCCGCCUUCGCUUUGAUCGUGAAGGGUAUCAAACUCGGUGGUUCCCUCAUCGGUAGUCCCGAUGAGAUCCGGGAGAUGCUGCAGCUCGCUGCUGAUAAGAAGGUACACCCGUGGAUCGAGGUGCGUCCCAUGAAGGAGGCCAACAAGGCCAUUCAGGACAUGGACGCUGGCUUUGCCCGUUUCCGUUACGUUCUGGUGAACGAGUAA